AUGGGGAAGGGGGCCGAAGUUGAGUCUGACGGUAACCCCACCAGUGAAGAUGAGAGCAGGAAAGGUCUGGAGGAUCUCUCUCCUCUCUCAGGCUCUACAGAUGGGACAGAAAAUCACCAGGUCACCGAUGUCAUCCUCCAGCCACUGGGGGGCAGGAAAAGCCCAGAAUCUUUUACAGAACUCAUCUUCAGUAAUGCCAACCAUCAUGAUGCCAUCAACCACAAUGAAAUCUCCUCCUACAUCCAGUCUCCACUGAACCUCGACAGUGGACUGCACCUCGAGCUUCAGUCUAUGGCUUAUGGGCCUGUCCAGAGUUUUCUAACAGACAGUGCUGAAGUAGAUAAGGUGGUUGAGGAAGACGUGAAUGGAUCACAAGACAAAGCUGAAGGUGUGCUGCCAUAUGCCAGCUUCCAAAACAGCAUGAAAGGACCUGAACUGAAAAUAAAAGGGGUAAAUUUGGACCUGAUGGCCCAAAACACGACUCCAAGCUCAGGAUUAACCUACAGUCCAGUGUCCUCAUCAGAGAAGAUCCAGUCUGAAAGCUACAGCCUGGUGCCUGAGCCUAGAAACUUAACUGGAGGAAGUGAUGAAGCCUUGAUGUUUGUCCUUACUUCUCUUGAGUCACCUUCAUUGUCCUCCCCUGCUCCAACAACAGGAGCUCCUGCACCAUUGGUAAGCAUAGCCGCUAGCACCCCUGUGACUAACUCCGAGCUCAUCCUGACCCCUCUGCAGUCCAGCAUGGCUCUCUACAGCCUGAACGACACUCCAGCACCGACCCCUAUCAAACAGGACCUGGCGGAGAGCGAGAGUAACCCGGAUCAUCCACACACACACCUGAGCUACAGACACACACCUUUACCUUUACACUCCAAACACGUCAGUGCGCCUCUCCUCACACAGACGGACCUAACACUGGUCAGAGGUCACAACCCUAUCAUGAACCUCAGCCUGUGCGGGGACUACCUGUGCGCUGUAUCUGAAUACAGGCAGCCGAGGACGGAGGGAAAACACCUGGCACAUCUGCCGCCUGUCCACACAAAUCAGAACCUGACUGACCUUUAACCUGAGUCUCAG